UUAGUAUUUCCAAAUCAAGUAAAUCUGAUAUAGCAGAAACAAUGUCGUUAAUAAACAGAGAAUGAAAGUCGGAAUACAGCAGGAAACGGGAAAAAUGGCGAUCGAAUUAGUCUGGAAUGGAAGCUGCCAUUUUACAAAAUUUGUUUCCCUCUACAUUUCUGUGUUGUUCCUCCUUACAACAUCUCAAAUCCAUGGACAACUCUUUUCUACCCCUAGUUUUCCGCAAAAUCCUGCUGAAAACCCUAAUUUUUUACAAUCCUCCCAAAACCCUAGGGAGAAUCCACAGGCGACAGAUGAGAACCUCCUUAACCUUAAAAUCCUUCUUGAAAAACAAGAAUCUCAUCUCCAAAAGCUCGAAGCCCUAAUCGAAACUCUGCAGCGCAGCGUCAAUGAUCUGGGAGCGCCCCCGAGAGGCGAAAGCAGCGAGCGCGAAAGCCCCGCAGGAAAGAUUGAAAGGGGGAGAGGAAUGAAUGAGGGGGUUUUUGAGGAGGAUGAGGAGAGGAGCGGAAGAAAAGAGCGCAAGGGCAUCACAGUGGCGAAAUACAAGCCUGCCUGGACGGAGCGAUUCCAGUUUCUGUCGGCCGUCAAAAUUGGGACUAACGCGACUUGCCUGAAUGUGCUGCCUCAUGAAGAUGAGGAGGGCGUCAGCAAAUAUGUGGCCGUGGGAGACGAUCAGGGCCGCGUAUACGUCUUUCUUUCCCAUGGCGAUGUGCUGGUCGAUUAUUUGACGCUCUCGUCGGCUCCCGUGACGGCAAUGCUGUCGUACAUGUCGGUCUCGAAGAACGAGACGGUGCUUGUGACGGGCCACGCUGACGGGGCCGUUCUGCUGCACCGUCUGUGGGAGAUCACGCAGGCAGCUGGUGGUGGCGGCCAUGGCGGAACCUCCGGUGAGGACUGGCAUGUGCUCGCCAUGGAACAUGUGCGAACGCUCUCGAUUGGAGGCGCCGUUGGAGAGGAGGCAGCGAUGGAGCAGGGCGUGACGCUUUUGGAAGUGCACCAGGUGGGCAGGAUGCGCUACAUUUUGGGCGUCAAUAGGCAGGGGAGAAUCCAUGUGUUCCGCGAGAACGGGACGGUCUAUGGAAUCGCACAGUCGGGGAGCAGGCCGCUUGCGUUUUUAAAGCAGAGGCUUUUGUUUUUGACGGAGACUGGAGCAGGGUCGCUAGACUUACGCAGCAUGACGGUUCGGACGGGCGAAUGCGAGGGGCUCAACGGAUCAAGGGCUGUCACUUAUGUUUUUGAUGCGGUGGAGCGGUUUAAAGGGUAUGGCUUUACUUCUCAGGGUGAUUUGAUUCAUGUUGUGCUAGUAGGGGAGGUUUUGAAUUUUGAUUGUAGGGUUAGGGCUAAGAGAAGGUCUGAGAUUGACGGCCCUCUUGUAAUUCAGGCAAUUAAGGGCUAUUUGUUCGUAGGGACGCCUGAGAAUGUUUUUGUUUAUAAUAUUACUGCUCACCGUUAUAUGAGAAUGGGAGGUCCCAGGCCUCUGUUUUAUUCGUCUUUGGACGAGAUCAUCUCGGGCUUUGCCCAUGGCCACGCAUCUCCACAUAAUCUUUUGCCCAAAGAUAACAGUGAGAGACAGCCGCUGAUUGCCUGCAACAAAGACAGGCUUGUUGUGCUUGGCCUUGGCGAUGGUUAUGUGGGCAUGUACAGGUCAAACCUUCCUGUCUAUAAAGCAGAGUUCAAUGCCAUGCUGUGGAGUACCCCUGUGUUGGUGUUUCUUGUGUUUUUGAUCGGGGCAUGGCAAUUUUUUGGUAAGAAAAGAGAGGCAUUUGCAAUUUGGGGAUCUGAUGAUCUUUUCAACACAAUGCCAGGCCGAGGGAGCAUUGGCAGUGGCAGCUCAUCUACAGUGGCUGCCAGUGAGAGAGCGUACGAGAAUGUCACACGGCCUGAGGUGAGAGAGCUUAGGGACAACAGUCUCAUAGGCCCAACAAGAAGGUAUGUGUCUCCUUCUGGAUAUCCUUCAGGCCAGCCUGGUGGGUAUGGAGGUGCAAGCAGUGCAAUCUCAUACAGAGCCAAUGCAGUUGAUCCAAAUUAUAGAACAACUGCAGAAGCCAAUUUCAGAGCACAAACUCCCGAGCCUUCUGGUUAUCCCAAACGAAGGGAUGCUCGCUUCUCCAACAGUCAAGGUGUUGAAGACAAAAUCCAUUGAAUCACAUGUUCCCUUAAAUUCGGUUAUCUGGACCUUUCAUUUCAUUCUGCCGAAAAAAAGCUUUAAAGACACAUUGCAUUAAUAGUGAACAUAAGUUUCUUGCAGAUAGGAUUAAACAAUUUUUUCAUUUUCAAAAGCAGCCCAAUUUUAGGGUGUUUUCACCAUUGGCUGCCUAUUGAAAAAGGAUAUUUUAUAUUUUGGAAAGAACCAUAAAAGCAUUAACAAAAAGAUUACAGGGGCAAAUUUAGCAAACUGAAAUCUCUAAUGAUCUUAAGCUGGCUUCUGUGCACAUGAUUAUCCCAUUAUUGUACCCUUGGCCUGCCUAAUUUAGCAAACUGAGAUCUCUUAUUCCACUAUUUACCCUUGCCCUGCUUCAACACAUUCUCAGCUGAAAUGCAUCUUAAUAAAUGGCAUCAUAAUUGAGGGAUUAUUCCCUCCGAAGGGAUGCAUGAAAUUUCUGUUCUAGUCUAGUAUGGCUAUACUACAGUUUGCAGAAGUUGUCUUAAUUUUCGACAAAUCGAGUGAAUCAAUGAAGCAUAACAGGCAAAUGCCUUGUCAAUUU